AUGAAGUCCAAGAUUGAGGAGAUCAAUACCAGAUCGCACAAUAGUUUUGAACAAUGUUCGAAAUUUAAUUUGGUUAAGAUUGUUGGAACCACCACACCUACUAAGACUUGGCAAAGACCACAGUCUACAUCUUUAUUUGAUGAACCUCGCGUUUACAGCCGAAAACACGAUCAGAGUAAGAUAAUUAAGUUGCUCGUAAAGGGAGAUGAAUCAAGUGAUAACAACAUUGGAGUAAUUCCCAUUGUGGGUAUGGGUGGGAUUGGCAAGACCACCCUCGCUCAGAUGGUAUACAAGGAUGAAACUGUGAAGGAGUAUUUCAAUCUGAAAGCAUGGGUCUGUGUGUCAAAUGAGUUUGACAUUAUGAAAAUAACAAAAACUAUUUAUGAUUCAGUGACUUCCCAAACAUGUAGUUUUAAUAACUUGGAUCAAACUCAAGUUGAACUACAGAAGGCUUUGGCGGGAAGGAAGUUUUUAAUUAUUUUAGACGAUGUCUGGAACGAAGACUACAAUGCUUGGAAUGUUUUGAAGAAACCUUUCAAUGAUGGAGCCCAAGGGAGUAAAGUCGUGGUGACAACACGUAACAGAGACAUUGCAACAAUGAUGGCAACUGUUGAACUCCAUAACGUUAAGAUCCUAUCAGAUGAGGGUUGUUGGUCAUUGUUUGCACAACAUGCCUUUGCGAAUACAAGUGUUUAUGCAAAUCCAAAUUUGGUAUCAAUUGGUAAGAAAAUUGUGGAGAAAUGUAAAGGUUUGCCUCUCGCUGCUAGGACACUCGGUGGCCUUUUACGCAACAAAGUACGAGAUGAGGAAUGGGUAAAUGUAUUGCGUAGUAAAAUAUGGGAUUUACCACACAACAAAAGUGACAUCCUUCCUGCUUUGAGAUUAAGCUACCAUGAUCUUCCUUCGCAUUUAAAGCAGUUCUUUGCAUACUGCUCAAUAAUACCCAACGACUAUGAAUUUGAGGAAGAGGAGCUAGUCCUAUUGUUGAUGGUAGAGGGCUUCAUUAUACAACAAAAAGAGAAGCAAAUGGAAGAUGUAGGAGCUGAGUACUUCCAUGAAUUGUUGUCAAGGUCUUUUUUCCAACCAUCUAGUACCAGUAAAAGCUCUAAAUUUGUGAUGCAUGACCUCAUCAAUGAUUUGGCUCAAGUAGUUGCAAGAGAUACUUGUUUUAGAAUAGAGGAUAGAUUGAAAGAUCAAGACCAGUACAAGAAUCUAAAGAAAGCUCGACAUUCAUCUUACAUGCAGCAAUACUAUGAGGGUAUGAAAAAAUUUGAGAUCAUUGAUAAAGCCAUGCAUUUACGGACUUUCUUACCAUUUGGCAUAAAAUAUAGAUUGGGUUAUAAUUUGGCAAGCAAUGUUCCCCUUAAUCUAUUCCCGAAGCUAAAACGCUUGAGGGUGCUCAGUAUGAGUAGAUAUUUCAUCACAGAACUUCCAAAUUCGGUUGGAGAUUUGAAACAUUUGCGGUAUCUUAACCUUUCCUACAGCCAUAUAAAAGAAUUACCCGAAUCACUAGGCUCUCUCUACAAUCUACAAACAUUGAUGUUAAAAGAAUGUAAAAAACUGAAAAAGUUGCCUCUAGAUAUGGGAAACCUAAUUGACCUACGUCAUCUUGAUACUACAGGUGCAGAUUCCAUAGAAGAAUUGCCAAUAGGAAUAGGUAAGUUGGUUAGUCUUCAUACACUGUCCAAUUUUAUUGUUACUAAAAACAAUGGGCUUCGGAUAAAAGAGUUGGGGAACUUAAUUUAUCUACAGGGGAAGCUUUGCCUAUCUAGACUACAGAAUGUAGUGAAUCCUCUAGAUGCAAGGGAGGCGAAUUUAAAUGAUAAGAAGGGGUUAUAUGUGUUAUCAAUGGAAUGGAGUGUUAACUCAGAUGAUUCACGAGAUGGAAGAGUUGAAACAGAAGUGCUUGACAAGCUACAACCUCACAAGAAUUUAGAAGAGCUCCAUAUCAAAGGCUACCUUGAUACAGGAUUUCCAACUUGGAUAGGAGAUUCUCUGUUCUCCAAUAUGGCUAACCUAAGUUUAGAAAAUUGUGGAAAUUGUGCAUCCUUGCCACCACUCGGACAACUACCCUCCCUCAAAAAGCUUUACAUUAAAGGAAUGAGUGUACUAAAGCAUGUCGGUUGUGAGUUCUACGGGCAAGGUGGUGUUCAACCUUUUCCAUUACUAGAGACUCUAAGCUUUGAAAAUAUGCCAGAAUGGGAGGAUUGGUAUACUUUUGAAGAUCACAAGGAAGUUCAAUCAUUCACACGUGUCAAGUAUCUCUCCCUAAUAAAAUGUCCUAAACUUCUUAAAAUGUUGCCUACUGAUCUACCUUGUUUGAAUAAUCUAAAGAUUUCAGAGUGCCCGCAAUUCCUAGUUUAA